GUGGAUCCCCGAAUCAAACUGGAUAUGGCUCCAAACUCUGUUGAUGACAUGUACGAUGGCUGUAAAAGGGAGAUUGAGAAUCUUAUACUGGAAAAGUAUUUACCAGAGGAGGAAAAAAACAAGAACUUCAAAUUAGCCUGGGAAGAAGCAGAAAAAUAUUACAAUAAACGGCGGAAGAAAUCACAGCUAGACAAAAACCUAAUCAAGGCUCUUUAUGCUUACACCCUUAAUCAACCACCAUUAUAUAAAGAAUUUAACAAAGCAGUCCGUGAACAAAAAGCUAAGUACCAAACUGAUUUUCAUUAUCACACACUUCACUUCUAUCUUACCAUGGCCCUGCACUACCUCAAAAACGGAUCAGAAAAAUGUGUCACGAGUUACCGGAGCACAGACAGCAAAUUCCAAAAAGAUGUUGUUAAUAAUGAAAUUCGCUUUGGUUCCUUUACCUCUAGUUCAAUAGGUGGCUAUAGGGGCGAAGUGUUUGGUAAUGAAUCGUGCUUUGAAAUCUACACCUGCUUUGGAGCAGACAUCUCUUAUUUCUCUAAGUAUAAACAUGAAAGAGAGGUCCUGAUCCCUCCCUAUGAGGUCUUCAAUGUAACUGAGAUAGAGGAAGAAUCCACCAAGAAACUUCCAUGUAAGGUUGUCUAUAAACUGCGAAGCACAAGAAUCUAUUCUAAACUAAACUGUGCCCUAAGCACACUAAUAGGGGAUCUAUAA